CAUGAGAGCAUCACCAACCUUUAUCCCCCAAACAAUAGGGCUUCUACACACUACUGGAGGCGCCAUUACAGUAGUCUAGACACAUGGAAGCAUGGCGUCUUGCACGUUACUGAUCGCUUGGCUCGGUAUUCCACCAAUUCCACCAUGUCGUUUGCUGCGAACGGGCCGCCACGAUCGUCGCACCCCGGCUGGUGGCGUACAAACAACAUGUUGUAUGCGAAUGUGGGACCACUCCAGUAAUCCGUGGCUGCGAUUAGUACGCCAAAGAAGAAGGGAUCCAAAUCUCGAGGCUAUGCUGUUGUUCGGGCAUGAGGUAGGCGAGCCAAGAGACUAUGUCAUCUUCCCCGCAGCUUCCCGGGCGCUGUCGUUGGUCCGUGUUCCUCUUCUCCCGUCCUUCAACACCUCCACACUAUGCUCUCGACAAAGAAGAAACGGCGAACAUCCAGCCUGGGGGUGCCAGGAAACGGGCUUUUGGGUCAUGGUGUGCCAACAUCUGGGCAUGGCGAUUGGGGCACCUCCAGUGUGGGUUUCUUCGUUGCUGACUGCACGCUUAGUUGGUUCGGCAAGCUACAUUCCCGUCGCGUCCGUCCCAUACAUGGAUCGCCACUCUAAACCGUCAUAAUAUCCUCAAAUUCUAGGCGAAACGCAAAGGGCGAUAGUAAGACCCUUGCGUAGCCCAGCUCUGUCGGGACAUCUACAAGGAGCCG